AUGCUGCAGAGCCCGCCCGGCGCGACGCCCGCCCCAGCCGCCGCCAUGGACAAGAGCAGCCCCUGCGGCCCCGGUGCGCCCGGCUCCUCGGCCGGCAGCAAAGCGCAGCAGCCCCGAUCCGCCUCGGCCGGGCCCGCCGCGGGGGAGUCUAAGCCCAAAGGCGAUGGAAAGAAUGCGAGUGGAUCCAAACAGCGUUAUAAUCGUAAAAGAGAAACUUCAUACUCAAAAAAUGAGAACUUUUCCAGUCAGUCCCGUCGCUCCAAUUCACAGAAAAGCAAAGCUUUUAACAAGAUGCCCCCCCAGAGGGGAGGGAGUGGCGGAAGUGGCAAACUUUUUAGCUCUAGUAAUGGUGGAAGACGCGAUGAGGUAGCAGAGGCUCAACGGGCAGAGUUCAGCCCUGCCCAGUUCUCUGGUCCCAAGAAGAUUAAUCUGAACCACUUACUGAACUUCACUUUUGAACCCCGUGGCCAAUCAGCCCACUUUGAUGGGAAUGGACAUGGCAACUGGGGGAAAAGGAACAAGUGGGGACAUAAGCCUUUCAACAAGGAGCUCUUCCUACAGGCCAACUGCCAGUUUGUUGUCUCUGAAGAACAGGACUACACAGUCCACUUUGCUGAUCCAGAUACCUUGGUCAACUGGGACUUUGUGGAGCAAGUGCGAAUCUGUAGCCACGAAGUGCCCUCUUGCCCCAUAUGUCUGUACCCACCUACGGCAGCAAAGAUCACCCGCUGCGGGCACAUCUUCUGUUGGGCUUGUAUCCUUCACUACCUCUCCUUGAGUGAGAAGACAUGGAGUAAAUGUCCUAUUUGUUAUAGCUCUGUUCACAAGAAGGACCUCAAGAGUGUUAUUGCGAUGGAAACACGUCAAUAUGCAAUUGGUGAUACCAUUACAAUGCAGCUUAUGAGGAGAGAGAAGGGUGUUCUGAUAGCACUGCCCAAAUCCCAGUGGACAGAUGUGGUGCAGCCUGUUCACGUUGGAGAUGAACAGCACAGCCAGUAUUCAAAGCUGCUUCUGGCAUCCAGGGAGCAGGUCUUGCAGGGUGUGGUCCUGGAGGAGAAGGCAGCAUUACUGAGACAGUAUGAGGAGGAAAAACAUACCCCAGAGGCUUGUUUUAUUGAGGCGGCUAUCCAGGAACUAAAGGAGCGAGAGUCAGCGCUCUCUGUUGACCAGGGGAAAAACAAUGGCAUUGCUGGCAUUACUGCUGCUGUUGAGGAACUGGUCUUAGAAAGCUCCAAGGAGCCUGCAGUUUCCCAAGAGAAAAAGUGUGGUGUGGAGUAUCUCUCAGCGUUUGACGAAGAGCUUGUGGAACCUUGCUCUGAUCCAGCAAGUUCUUUUCCCCCUCCAUUGGAAGCAGAAGAGGCUGCGUUGGACGAAGAAGGAGUACCCGAGCUGGACACCGUAGGAGAACCUGAUGGGGACACUAUAGCAGAACCAAAUAUGCCUGAAACAAGCUACCAGGAAUCUAAAGAGACAAUUAGCAGUGGACAUGUGAACAACUCUCCUUUUUAUUAUUUCUAUCAAGCGGAGGAUGGACAGUGUAUGUAUCUUCACCCUGUGAAUGUUCGAUGUCUUGUUCGUGAAUAUGGCAGCUUGGAGAAGAGUCCAGAGAAGAUAACUGCAGCUGUAGUGGAGAUAGCUGGCUACUCAAUGACAGAGGAUAUAAGACAGCGUCAUCGUUACCUAUGUCAUUUGCCGCUCACCUGUGAGUUCAGUAUUUGUGAACUGGCUCUGAAGCCACCUACUGUUUCCAAGGAAACUUUGGAGUUGUUUUCAGAUGACCUUGAAAAGAGGAAACGCCUAAGGCAGAAGAAAGCUCGUGACGAACGGCGACGUGAACGCAGAAUUGAGAUAGAAGAGAACAAGAAACAGGGCAAAUAUCCGGAGGUCCAUAUUGCUUUAGAGAAUCUGCAGCAGUUCCCUGCUUUUAGCUCCUGCUCUGGAGAAACUACCAGCGUUGACCAGCAGAGCUUCUGUGCUUCUCCUCUUGGCCGGAGCCCUGUGUUUCAGACAGAGUCUGUUCCAACUCCUCUGUCACCUGCUGCCAGCCAGGUCAGUCCAUUGCUGUGCGGGAGUUUAGAAGAAGACUCUCCCUUCCCUUCCUUUGCCCAGAUGUUGAGAGUUGGAAAAGCAAAACCAGAAACAUGGUCUAAACCUGGUCCAAAGACAAGAGAUGAGAACACCCUGGCACUCCCUGUGCCAGGGGAUAGUGAUGGAGAAAGUGACAACUCUGACCGCAUACCUGUGCCCAGCUUCCAGAAUUCCUUCAGCCAAGCCAUUGAGGCAGCCCUCCUGAAACUGGACAAACCGUCCGCACCUGAUCCUUUAUCAGAGGAAAAAGGAGGCAAGAAAAGAAAGAAACAGAAGCAGAAGCUGCUGUUCAGCACCUCUGUUGUUCACACAAAGUGAUUCUGCUAUUCAAGAGAAGUUCCCUCUCUGGGUUUUCUUUUCAUUUUUGCUUUGUUUUUGCUGCUAUAGUUUAAGUAUUUAAAUUUGAACAGACUAAAUCUGUGUUUCCAGGGCUUCUAGGAUAUUCAGGAGGAAACUAUGGGAGUAUAUGUCAAAGAUGUUUUUAUUCCAGCUAACUCUAUUGGUUUGUACUGAAACAAAAAUUUGAAAGAAACAACCUGGAGAACCUUCAGUGGAGGCUUCUGGUCUGUGCUCAGUCAGUUUUUCUGGCUUAAUACGCAAUGUAAACGUCUGUACAGCUGCCUGGCACUGUCAGAGACUGCAGUAUUGCUUAAGUGAAGAGGCAGAGAGCUUUUACUUAGAAGUGUUCAUGGUGAGAAGUCCAUCUAACUGUGGCAGUAGAACUGUUUCAGUAAAGCUCUUACACUGCUGGCUUUAGAAACCGUGCUUUCCACUGCACUGGAAAUGGACACAAGAGCUUCCUGGUUUUAGUGUGUUAGCUGCUCUGGCUGUUCUUUUCCUAAAGAGCAAGAAUUCCUCCUGUUCUCUGGGCUUUGAAAGAUUUAAAGCUGAGGUGAGUGUAAAGCAGAACUGGGCUAUUUAGUUUUGAAGUGACUCUUGCUGAAUUUGGGUAUUUCAAAAUGCAAUUUGGCACUAGUGGUAGAAGAAACCUCCUGGCUUAUUUCAGUUGUUCAACUACUGUUUCAAUGUGAGUGAGAUUGCCUUUUUUUCUUUCCCCCUUUUUUUUUUGGUUAACAUUAGGCUACAAGUUCUUUGCAACUUGUUAUCAUCUGGAAUAAACACUCCACCUCGGGCUCUUGGUAGCUAAGAUGAUAUUUUGACACUGGCUGCUGUUGAAUUGGAAGAACAAUUGAUGGCUGUAGCUCUUAUCCCUGCAGCGAGGAACUAGGAUUCCUGGCAGUGGGAUAAGAGCCUCUCUGCUUUCUUCUGAGUUGUAACUUGGUCAGCACUAAGCACUUCAGGCUAUCAACAUGUCUCUUCUGGAGCCCUUCUCUUUUUUUGGGUGCUCUCAGUUUGCACUGCUUGUGAUUUGAAGCUAAUGAGUUAAGUGGUGUGGAUUUUGUUGAAUAAUGUGAAGGGCAACAGUUGCAAUAAAUUGUAUGCACAUAUUUCCAGUACUGCUAUAACAAACUCUCUCAUCAACUUGAAGCCUAAUAAUCACUUCCCUCACAGACAUUCAAAUUCUUCCUUCCUAAUGUCAUCCUUCCUGCCAAGGAGCCAGUAUGAAGUGUGAGACUGAGGUUUGUCUCCUUACCUUCAGAUCCACCUGCACUGACACUUGGUUUGAAGGACCUACUUACACUUCUAAAGGCUUCAAACAGUUCGUUGCCUUGAAGCUGUGACCUGCUAGGACACACCACAAAACUCAGUAUGGGGCUGUAAACUAGAAAGAGAGGGGGAGAGUGGAGGUAAAUAGAACUUCAGCUACCCCAGGCAUACACUGAUAGAAGAAACACAAAUGUUCUUUGAAAGCAGCUUAAUUUCACACUUACAACUACCAACACUCAGGGAAAGACAGGACAGCUUCUCAAGACAGUACAAACAACCUACAAGAUGCCCCAAAACAGUAACACAGGUUGGUGUUAAUGCUUUAAAGGCAUAGGAAAAAAAGAUACUGGCAAGAGUAGAAGAGAAAUUUAAGCAAGAAGGAUUCAAGUAUGCAGUUAAUGGUGUCCACAAUACUUCUUUUUUUUCUCUUUCUUGUAAUAGCCAUUUUCUGUUCCUUAUACCAUGGAACACGAGCAACUACUCACUGCCUAACCUGUAUCUGUUGUGUUCUACUCUCUCUUCACCGUUGUAGCAAACUUUUCUUUG